CUGAGAUGGGAGCGGAGGAAUUCCGUGGCUAAAUCAUGCCCGCCCUCUGUCCUUCGAACCCGACGUUCAUCGGGCCUGUCUCGCCGUCGACUUGCGCCCUGGACCCCGCGAUCCCUGCGCCGUCAGAAACUUCCAGGCUAUGACCCUGCCCAUGCGGCUCGCAUUGUGUAUUUCUCGGGUCCUUCAUUCCACGUAUCAUUUUCUGUCUUUAUUCUUCGCGAAGCAAUCGGCCUACGCGGGUUGACAGCAGCCCUCCGCGCGCUCCCUUUGACAUCGGUGGUUCGCCACGCCUUCUCGCCGCGCAGGCGCCCUCGUUAA